GGAGACGCGAUUUAGAUAGCUGAUGUCAACGGUUAUCCACGGACUGGGGCAACUGCCGAUUUCGCUGCAAGCUACCUCGGAGCAACUCCCAGCGACCCGUUCUCUAUUCAUGACGUUCUUUGGUGCAAUACUGAUGCAUUGGCAAGGCGAAAGUGGAGUCGAAGUGGAAGGUUCGAUCACGUGUAGCGUGACGUGAUGAACCCUGGAGAGUUUCGAAAGCGCGUCGCUGGUGGUUGGCUCUUCAAGCUUCGACUCACAAAAUAAGCAAUGGUGUUGGCAUCGCCCUGGGUUUGUCGCAAUUGUCUUUCGCGUGUUGCAAGGCCACUAUUUAGACGACACAUUCGGUUGCAGUCAACAGUUGCGAAAACCGAGUCCAUACCGCCUGCUCUCCUCACCAGGGCCCGCACUCUUGCUUCCGAGUCCCAGAGUCUGACAGACCAACUUGCCAAUGGCUUCGACACGCGCGCCGCGAAGAAAUUGGGAGAAUAUAGCCCCGUCGUCAAUGCGCUGAAGGAUUGGGACAAGGCCAAUGAGUCUGUAGCAGAGCUGACAUCGCUGAUCCACGACUCUACCACCGACCCUGAACUACGAUCUCUGGCGGCCGACGAUCUCACAGAGACACGGACAGAGCUCACCAGUGCCUCACAAAGCCUCAUCACUUCCCUUGUACCAGUACACCCAUUCGCACAUCUGCCAUGUUUGCUCGAAAUUCGCCCCGGAGCAGGUGGAUCGGAAGCUGCCAUCUUUGCAGGCGACCUGUUCCGCAUGUACCAAGCCUUCUGCAACCACCAUGACUUUCGCACCAACAUCUUGAAGUACGAGAACAUCAAUGGAACAUCAGAAGCGGGAAUUCCACUCGCCGAAGCUAUAAUCGAGGUGGAAAACGACGGUGCGUAUAGCGUGUUCAGAUGCGAGGCGGGCAUACACCGGGUGCAACGUGUGCCUGCCACCGAAACAAAGGGGCGUACGCACACCAGUGCAGUAUCAGUGCAUGUAUUGCCUAGUCUGGAGGAAGAUUCAGCCAUACAAGAAGACUUCAACAACCCAGAAAGCGAUUACUAUAUCGACCUCAAGGAGGUGAGACAGGAGGUCAUGAGAGCGAGCGGUGCUGGCGGCCAGCACGUCAAUAAAACAGAAUCAGCAGUGCGGCUUACGCAUAUACCCACCAACACGGUCGUUUCCAUGCAAGAUUCGAGAUCCCAGCACAAAAAUAAAGAGAAGGCUUGGGGACUGCUUCGCUCGCGUAUCGCUCAGACGCGACGUGAGAAACGGGAAGAGGAGAUGGUGAAUAUGCGACGGAGCGUUGUGGGCGUGGCCAAAAUGGGCCGCGGAGACAAGGUACGAACCUACAAUUGGAAUCAACAAAGAGUUACGGACCACAGAAGUGGGAUGACUGUACAUGAUCUCGACGAUGUCAUGGGGGGCGGCCAAACUCUCGAAAAUGUCAUGGAGAGCGUCCGCAGCUGGCUUAUGGAGCGAGACGUUGAGACUUUGAUUGCUGAGGAGGCAGAGAAGAAAUGAUCAACCCAUUCUUUCUCUGUCUGUCUCUUCGUUUCAUAGCACAUCUCGAUACAUCGGUUGCCUUUGCCGAACCCUCAAGCGGGAUAGCAAUGGAUAUGUGCAACAGGACACUGCUCCUAUCGGCGCCCUUGGCCAGUGGAACGGGACGGUAGCUUUCCCGUAUCCGAUCAGCUGGAAAC